AGGAGACGCGGACGAGCUGUUGACGUCCUCGCACACUCAGUUAAUCAUCUGCCCACGCCACGAUGCACAGCUCCGCUCUGCUCAAUCACAGAAAUGUUUCCGCCUGUUUGUCAUUAGCCGCUUCGCUCACCGGAGGUGGACGCAGACGGCGACGCGCCGCCGCCGCUGGUUGUUUUUUCAAGUUUUGAUCGUCGCUUCCGCGUUUCCACGUUCCGAGGCGGCGGGCGGUGCUUUUCGCUCGGGAAGCGCCCGGUGAUCGCUCGGUGGCCACGCGCGGCAGGCGGUGCGAGCGGAGGCGCCGGAGGCGGCAGAGGCUCGGACUGAGAGUGGCGGAGAACCUCCCCGGACACCGCGCGCGUCUUUCCCGGACGCAUCUCGGCGACGACUGCGCUGCGGCUCCACAGCCUGCGCUCCUCUCUUGCCAUUGCGAUGUCCACGAGAAAGGCAUCGUUGACGGACCAGCACACUAAAAACGGGACGUCAAAAUAUGUGUUGGAGCGAUGCGCUUCCAUUAACGAGUAUUAUGACAUUGCCUUCAAGGUGAUGCUGCUGGGAGACUCGGCCGUGGGGAAGACGUGCGUCCUGGUGCGCUUUAAGGACGGGGCCUUUCUGGGAGGCAACUUUAUAGCCACCGUGGGAAUAGACUUUAGGAAUAAAGUGGUGGACGUCGACAACCUGAAAGUCAAACUGCAGAUCUGGGACACGGCCGGUCAGGAGAGGUUCCGCAGCGUAACGCACGCCUACUACAGAGAUGCCCAGGCGCUGCUGCUGCUGUACGACAUCAGCAACAAGCCGUCGUUCGACAACAUCAGGGCUUGGCUGACUGAAAUACACGAAUAUGCCCAGAAGGAUGUGGUCAUCAUGUUGCUCGGCAACAAGUCUGACAUGGCUGCAGAGAGGGUUGUAAAGACGGAGGAAGGAGAGAAGCUGGCCAAGGAGUACGGCGUCCCGUUUAUGGAGACCAGCGCCAAGACAGGAGUCAACGUGGAGCUGGCCUUCCUCGCUAUAGCAAAGGAGCUGAAGCACAGAGCGACGCAGCAGCCGAAUGAGCCCAAGUUCCAGAUACACGACUACAUCGAGUCUCAGAAGCACAAGUCUGGCUGCUGCGGCCUCUGAUGCUGACGCCACGCAGAACAAGACGCACACAGGAAGGAAGGAAGCAAGGAAGGAAGCAAGGAAGGAAAGAUAGGAAGUAAGAUAGAAAGAAGGAAAAGUAAGAGUGAGAGGAGGAGGGAGAAACGUCUGCCGUCUGCUGAAAAGCCAAUCCCAGCAUCCAGACACGAGAAGCCAACGUCUUCUCCGCUGGAUCCGCCAUCGUUCCUUAAUCUGAAAUGUGAAUUAAAAUCUUUGUGUCAUGUGUAGAAACGUUUGUGGUCUUUGUGGUGACACUUGUCUCAAACAGCAAGUCGGGGGUUAAAACUCUGAAUGCGGGUGCGGAGGGACCAGAGAACAGCGCGUGCUGUUGCAGCGCCAGCCGAGGGGGCUGUUCAGCCGUGCGGGUCCGAGCCCGUCCGCCUCACUCACCGGCUGAGCGCUGGUUCCCCUCUUACAGCCCCAUCUCUCCCCUUUGACAUCUGUGUUUGAGCAGUGGACUUCAGGUUGUAGCUAAACUGGUCCCGUCUGUGCUGUUGUUAGAUAGAAUAAAAGCCGACGUUCUGAGGGCGUUCGUCCCAUUGUGUGUGUUUGUGUGCAUUCAAUUGAGGGCCGGGUAAAGUUCUCCCAGUUCUGUACGUGUAAGCGUAGCUGCAGGAUCGCCCCAGUGACCCAUUCACACAGAUUACGUUCACUAUUGUGUUUAGACCUUCCUCAGCAUGCACUUUGCCAUUCACACGCCAUUGUUGUGUCCCCUUUGAAAGGUGGCUGCUGUUGUCUGUACACUGUACCCAGGCUGUAUUUGUUCACAUUGUGUAACCUGUUCUUUUGUACGACGUUCAUCACGAAUGUCCUCGUGGAACCUGCUCCGUGUCACAUUUGUCCCUUCAAGGCGUCACGGCGAUCACAAAGUGCCAUGAAAAAGUGCUUUGUUAUCAUUUUCUCUCUCUCUCUCUCUCUCUACAUAUAUAUAUAUAUAUAUAUAAAAGUAUAUUUUGUAAUGUA